AUGGAGCGUUUUUGGUCGAUUGAAGACGACAGCUCCUCGCCAAGCUACUCCGUCGAAGAAGCAGCUUGCGAAACUCACUUCCAGCAGAACGUCAGGCGCACUCCAGAAGGGCGAUACUGCGUCCGUUUACCAGUCAAGAAUAACGUCCUCGAUAAUCUCAGCGACAAUCGUCGAACCGCUCUUCGACGCUUCCACAUGCUCGAGAACAAGCUCAACCGCGACGAGGGUCUAAAGCAACAAUACAAUAACUUCCUGGAGGAGUACGAAUCACUGGGCCACAUGCAGAAGGUAUUCGACUACGAGCAACCACUCACACCUUGCUAUCAUUUACCCCAUCACGCUGUCAUCCGUGAAGACAACACCACGACGAAAGUACGCGUUGUCUUUGACGCAUCAUGCAAAACUCCCAGUGGCCCUUCCCUAAACAACGCUCUAAUGGUCAGACCCAUCGUACAGUAA